AAAGCAUCAACUCUCAGUCCCCAUCUCCCCGCCGCCCCCUAACCCUAACCCGGACCACCCGCGGGGGACCAGGGACGCCUCUUCACUCUCGGAUCCGCCCUCGGACUGUGCCUGGUCGGCUUUGACAACCGGCGGUGGAACCUUCGCUGGCACGUCGCGGACCUACCUACCUACCGGGGGGCUCUGGCCAGGACCCUGUUGGGGCUCACCCCGCGUCCGGGGCGCUGCAUCCACCACCAUGCAGAGCUGCCGAACACUCGCGCCUCUUUGCGCGCUGCUGCCCUGGCUCCUGCGGGUGGUGGCGACGGCUCCGAGCCCCCCAGGACCACCCUUGGAACGGCGCAGAGUCCCCCGCGACCCCGCCAGGGGUGCUGAUUUCGACCGCGUUUACAGCGGGGUGGUGAACCUCAGCCUCGAGAAUAUCUACUCCUUCAACUACACCAGUCUGCCCGGACAGGUGAAUGCUGUGAGAGUUUAUGUGAACAGUUCCACAGAGAAUCUUGACUACCCAGUCCUUGUCAUGGUUCGCCAACAGAAAGCAGUAUUAUCCUGGCAGGUGCCACUUCUCUUCCAAGGACUAUACCAGAGGAGCUACAACUACCAGGAAGUGAGUCGUACCUUAUGUCCCUCAGAAGCAACCAAUGAAACAGGACCUCUGCAGCAACUAAUAUUUGUAGAUGUAGCUUCCAUGUCACCCCUGGGUGCACACUACAAACUGCUGGUUACCAAGAUCAAGCACUUCCAGCUGCAGACAAAUGUUCCCUUUCACUUCAGUGCCAGUCCCUCUCAACCUCAGUAUUUUCUGUACAAAUUUCCUGAAGAAGUGGACUCAGUUAUUGUUAAAGUCAUAUCUGAAGUGGCUUAUCCAUGUUCUGUGGUCUCAGUUCAGAAUAUCAUGUGUCCGGUGUAUGAUCUUGACCACAAUGUAGAAUUCAAUGGUGUCUAUCAAUCCAUGACUAAAAAAGCUGCCAUCACACUACAGAAGAAGGAUUUUCCAGGGGAGCAGUUCUUUGUGGUGUUUGUUAUAAAGCCAGAAGACUAUGCCUGUGGAGGAUCUUUCUUUGUCCAAGAAAAGGAAAACCAGACCUGGAAUCUACAACGAACAAAGAACCUUAAAGUAACCAUUGUUCCUUCUAUUAAAGCAUCAGUUUAUGUGAAAUCAAUUCUUCUCAGCUGCUUCUUCUUCUUCUCCUUCUACUUGGGAUGCCUGUUCAUUGCGUUUGUUCAUUAUAUGAGGUUUCAGAGAAAAUCCAUUGAUGGAAGCUGUAGUUCCAAUGAUGAUUCUGGAAAUAUGGCAGUUUCACAUCCAAUUGCAGCCAGCACGCCUGAAGGGAGCAAUUAUGGGGCAAUAGAUGAAUCAAGUUCCAGUCAUGGCCAGCAGAUAUCUUCCUCAGAUGGUGGACAGCCAGGUCAGUCCGACACAGAUAGCUCCGUGGAAGAGAGUGACUUCGACACCAUGCCUGAUAUUGAAAGUGAUAAAAACGUCAUCCGGACCAAGGUGUUCCUUUACCUAUCAGAUCUUUCCAGAAAAGACCGGAGAAUUGUCAGCAAAAAAUAUAAGAUUUAUUUUUGGAACAUUGUCACUAUUGCUGUAUUUUAUGCACUUCCUGUGAUCCAGCUGGUGAUCACCUAUCAGACAGUGGUAAAUGUUACUGGUAACCAAGACAUCUGCUACUACAAUUUCCUCUGUGCUCACCCCUUGGGAGUCUUGAGUGCUUUCAACAACAUUCUCAGUAACAUAGGUCAUGUGUUCCUGGGUUUCCUAUUCCUUCUGAUAGUCUUGCGCCGGGACAUUCUCCAUCGGAGAGCUCUGGAAGCCAAAGAUAUCUUUGCCAUGGAGUAUGGGAUUCCCAAACAUUUUGGUCUCUUCUAUGCUAUGGGCAUCGCAUUGAUCAUGGAAGGAGUUCUCAGUGCUUGUUACCAUGUCUGCCCUAAUUACUCCAACUUCCAAUUCGAUACCUCCUUCAUGUAUAUGAUCGCUGGCCUGUGCAUGCUGAAGCUCUAUCAGACCCGCCAUCCCGACAUCAAUGCUAGUGCCUAUGCAGCCUACGCCUCCUUCGCAGUGGUCAUCACACUCACCGUCCUAGGAGUGGUGUUUGGAAAAAAUGACCUGUGGUUCUGGAUCAUCUUCUCUGCAAUCCAUAUUCUGGCCUCUCUGGCUAUCAGCACCCAGAUCUACUACAUGGGCCGCUUCAAGAUAGAUGUGUCUGACAAAGCAGAUUUGGGGAUGUUUCGGCGGGCUGCAAGAGUGUUCUACACAGACUUCGUCCAGCAGUGCAGCCGGCCUCUGUACAUGGACAGAAUGGUGUUGCUUAUCGUGGGGAAUCUGGUUAACUGGUCCUUUGCCUUCUUUGGACUGAUGUAUCGGCCCAGGGACUUUGCUUCUUAUAUGCUGGGCAUCUUCAUCUGUAACCUGCUGCUCUACCUGGCCUUUUACAUCAUCAUGAAGCUUCGCAGCUCAGAGAAGGUCCUCCCAAUCCCUCUCUUCUGCAUCAUUGCCACAGCUGUGGUAUGGGCCGCCGCCUUGUACUUUUUCUUCCAGAAUCUCAGCAGCUGGGAGGGAACUCCAGCUGAAUCCCGGGAGAAGAACCAAGAGUGUGUCCUGCUCAACUUCUUUGAUGACCAUGACAUCUGGCACUUCCUCUCUGCUACUGCCCUGUUUUUUUCGUUCUUGGUGUUGUUAACCCUGGAUGAUGAUCUAGAUGUGGCUCGAAGAGAUCAGAUCCCUGUCUUCUGAGCCCACAACAUUAAGAUGAGGAGAGAGAAACGAUUUAAUCUUGAUGCUAUUUUAUAAAAAAUAACAUAAUCGUAAAGCUGCCACUGCCAAAUGCCCCACCACCCUAUGGACAAUCAAUUCUGCACUCACACACAGGGAGGAGAGAAGAUGGGAGAGAGCCAAGUGUUCACGAAGCUAGACAGAAAGCCAUGGACAUGGGUAGAGGAAAGUCUCGAAGAAUCCAGAAAUUCCAUCCUCUUCCACUUAAAACUCUAAUUUAGGACUGAAAGUUGCAUGAAAUUAGAGCCCUGGUAGAGUACAGGAGUUAAGGCACUUGCCUUAAGUGCAUCAUACAUACUCUAGUUCAAUCCCAAGCACUUAUGGUUCCUUGAACACUGCCAUGAAUCAUCCUGAGCACAUAACCAGGAAUAUAUUCUCAGUACUAAUGGGUAUGGCUCUAAAAUAAAGUCAACUUACCAUCUUUGGACCCAUCUCUACCCAUAUGAUAUUUGCCAGCAACGCUGCCUUCAUGCCUUGGAUUACCUCUCUGGUUUGGCACCUUUGUCUACAGCAUUUGUUGCUCGAUAAGCCACAGAGAUCUGGUUCAGACCUACUAGUUCUUUUGGUGGCAUCUAAAAAUCUGUAGCAGGGUGGCCUCUAGGCCCCAUCCAACUGGAACAGAUGCUUUUAUGACACCGACAAGUCACCUCCUCAGAACUUCUAUAUGACUCCUCCAGGUUCAUGAUUCCAUUGCAAGAACUCCAGAUGGGACUUGAUCAUACAUUCCUCAUCACUGAUGGCUGUCUCUGGGACUAAGUCCUCGGGCUUACCCAGUCCCCAGAAAAUUUAUGUCACUGCUAUAUGUGGACCCACAAUUUAGGUGACCUUCCUGGCAAGGCCCUGUCACUCCAUAUUCCAACUCCAAAGCAGAAGUAGGAGGGCAGGAAGCUCUUCCAGCAGCAGGAAGAGAGAAAUGAGCUACUGUGAUAAGAAAAUCAUGAGCUCAGCAUCCAGCACACAGGCCUGAAGAACCAGGAAUCCUAGAGCAAAUUCAGCACAGGCCUAAGUGCUUUUUUUGUAUCUCCAAUUCAAAUAGUUCUGUACUGACCCUGUUUCUUUUUUUGUGCCCACCCACACUGCCUUUGGGAAAGAAAUGGGUGUUGGCACUAGAGGUCCUCUAUGACGGAAAGGACAACUUGACUGGCAUUUAAGCAGAGCAGAGGCUGCAGGCUUUCUGCCUGAAAUUCUCUCUCUAAAAGUAAACACAAUUUACAGUUCUGCUUCCAGAGAGCACAGCUAACUUUGGCCUGUUUCAUGGUUGUACCUGAUUCACAUUGUCUUCACAGCAACGUGUUGAAAACUUUGUA